AUGUCAACAGACUUUACGGAUGUAUAUCUUCCAAUAUUUGACGACCUCAGCAAAGAGACAAUGACCACAAUAGUUACAAUCAACAUUGUUGCUUUAGUUGGAGUCAUUUCCAUGUUUGGUAUAGCGUGUAAUGUAAUCAAUAUUUUAGUGUUCUGUAAGCAAGGAUUUUCAGAGACCACAAAUAUCAGCUAUACCGCUCUUGCCAUUUCUGAUUUACUAACUCUGGUGACCACGAUGUGUUUAAGUUUCCUUUGGAAUCCGUUGUUCCUGAACUCUGGACUACCUCUUGUAUUUAAAGAUAUACAGAUGACAUUUGCUGCUUUGUCUUACGCUUGUUUCACUAAUAUAACGGGGAUGGUGACAGCUUUUGCUACGUUUGAACGAUGUAUGUGCGUUGUCUGGCCAUUGAAGCUAAAAUGCUCAUUUAGACGAUUACACAAAUUUACUGUCCUUUCCAUGUUUGGUAUAGCGUGUAAUAUAGUCAAUAUUUUAGUGUUCUGUAAGCAAGGAUUUUCAGAGACCACAAAUAUCAGCUAUACCGCACUUGCCAUUUCUGAUUUACUAACUCUGGUGGCCACGCUGUGUUUAAGUAUCUUCUGGAAUCCGUUGUUCCUGAACUCUGGACUACCGCUUGUAUUUAUAGAUAUACAGAUGACGUUUGCUUCUUUGCCUUACGCUUGUUUCAGCACUAUAACAGGGAUGGUGACAGCUUUUGCUACGUUUGAACGAUGCCUGUGUGUAGUCUGGCCACUUAGGACUUUACUGGGAGUAACUUUUGUCGAAAAUACUGAACUAAUAUCUAACACUUCCUAUAUCCUCCAUUCAGCCCUCCAGUUAGUUGCAUUUUUUGCUGUUCUGCUUUUCACUGUAACUCUGAUUGUCUGUCUGAGACAAAUGACUGCCUGGAGAAUACUGCAGUCUAAGACCCAGAAUGCAGCCAAAAAAGCGACAAAACGACAAGACAAAGCCAUAAAAAUGAUAACUUUGAUAGCAGCAACUUAUGUAGCUACCUUUUUUCCAACAAUCAUUGGGCUUGUGGUAACAGUUCCAUAUCCGAGUUUCGGUCCUACGGGUAGAUACAAGAACAUUUUCUUUGCCGUCUGGUCAUUAUCUAUACUCUUUAGCGUCGUGAAUUCGUCAACCAACUUAUUUGUCUACUACGUCAUGAGUUCAAAGUUCAGACUGACAUGUUAUCAAAUGCUUUCAAGGCUGCUCUAA